AUGCCCAAAAAGUUUGCCAACGAAAAUCCGAAGGUUGUAGCUGCGCGAGAACGGAAAGCCGCUGCGAAGAAAGACGAACAGGAGAAAAAACAAAAGGCUGCUGAAGAUGCAUACUGGGCGGAUGACGACAAAUUGGUGAAUAGAAAGCAGCAACGUAAGGAAGAGGAAGAACGAAAGCGCAUGGAAGCUCUGAAACGAAAGGAAGAAAACCGAAAACUUGCUGAA